UAAAUAAAAAUAUCCAGUGAAAAAAAUAUUUCUCAUCGCGUUGAUAUAAAAUUGAUCUAGCAAUCGACAAGUAGUGUAUUUCGAAAACUAAAUAAACCGUAGAAACGUAGCGCAUUCGGAAAAAUUUGCGAUCAAAUAGGAAAUGGAUAAUUCAGAGAUGAACGAAACUAGCGAACUGGAGGAAACUUUUUCCAGAGCAUCGAAUCAUCUUCAAACUCUCGUUGCCGAAUUGGACACGGGUCAGUUAUUGGGAUUUUACGGUCUGUACAAGCAAGCAACUGUCGGAAAAUGCGAUACACCACGUCCAAAUUGGUAUCAAACUCAAGCGAAGCACAAGUGGGAAGCUUGGAAGAAUUUGGGUGAAAUGAGCAAAGAAACUGCAAUGGAAAAUUACGUCCGAGCUGUUGGUAAACUCGAUCCUACCUGGGAGCAAAAUUCAAAAGCAGGAACGAGAUCUUGGGUCGCAGUUAGUACGAUGCCAAAUAUGGACGAGGAACUCGAAGACUCGGACAAGACUCUUCUCGAUUGGGUCAAGGAUGGCAAUGAGGACAAAGUUUUUGAGGCCCUUUCUAUCAAUAGCUCAGGCUUGAAUGAUUCCGACGAGAAUGGAAUGAUGCCGAUUCAUUGGGCCGCUGAUCGAGGCCAGGUUGGAACUUUGAAACGCCUCGUUGAAGCCGGCGCUGACUUGAACGCUCAAGAUCUCAACGGACAGACUGCUCUACAUUACGCAGCUUCUUGCGCCCACGUCGAAGUCGUUCAAUAUUUAUUAUCAUUGGGAGCUAAAUCACUCCAGGAUAAUGAUGGUUUGACACCAAAGGAUGUUGCUUCCGAAGGGAAAGCGUUGCAGCUUAUUGUAGAGAUGUCUUGAGACUACAAUUUCCUACAAUUCUGUAACCUAUGAAAAUGAACAAUACAAACUAAUAUAGUUAAUAAAUACUUUGUCACGCUUGUAUCUUGUACCAUUAAUAAAAGACGUUGAACUAUA